AGCUCAGUGGUACAUAUAUGGUACAUUAAACAGCAUGAUGUAAUAUUGCAUCAUACAUCGCUCUUGGUUGAGACAAGCCUGAACAAGUGUACUGGAAAUGCACACCAAACCUGCCACAACAUGUUCAUAUGAGUACAACCCCUUAAGCCUGCCAGUUUGUGCUCUGCUGUCACGUUGAAAAUAAGUGUCGCUGUGCUCUGCCAAAAAUAAUGGCUUCCAGGGGAAAAUUCCAGACUAUGCACGAGAUAUUAGGUAUAUUAGAAGAAGAUGAGAGCCAUGCAGACGUUUAUAUUGAGCCUAAUGAUCCCGGCCUAUUGACUGAUGAAGACUCUGCUGAUGAAGUGGAUAGUGAUAGUGGAUUGAUAGAUAAUUUGUCUGGCAGACAACUGACUGGUAAUGCUGAAGGUGUAUUCAAUGACGGACGACGUACGACUGAAGAUGAUUGUGAAGAUCAACUGAGUGGCAAUGAUGAAGUUUUCUUCCACGACGAACGUAGUACUACUGAAGAUGAUAGUGAGGCUCAUAAUUCUUCGCCUAUCAAUAACUAUAAGACUCCAAAAUGUAGUCUUGGCACUUCACUCACACCUGGUGACUGCAUAUUUCCUGAGGCAAAUUAUGCAAAAUAUAGAGAUUUUACUCCAGUUGAACUUUUUGAACUACUUUUUGAUGAUGAUGUGUGGAAUUUGCUAGUGGAUCAGACAAUUGUCUAUGCAACUUUCAAAGGUGAAACAGAUUUCUUGGUAAGCAAAGAUGAAAUGAAAGUGUUCCUUGGAAUUUUGAUAGUGUCUGGUAUCGUUCCUUUAUCUUCUCGGAGGAUGUUUUUGGAGAAAUUCAUCUGUGACAAGAAAUGAAGCUGUCUCUCAGACUAUGAGAAGAAUAAGCUUUGAAAGGAGCUGGGAGACCGCCAUCCUACUCAAUAAAG